UUUCAAAUAAUUAUCUAUCUUGUUAUGUAACUAAUAAUGGCUUCUGAAACAGAACCUCAGAAUGAAAUUACUCGAUGUCUGGAUUUAUUAAGUCCCGAAUCUUCCGAUGAUGCAAAGUUUGUUGCGCUUAUGCUCCUUCCUCGUUUAUUACAACAAGAUCAGGAAACCGUUAAACUUGUUUUUGGAGCUAUGGAUUUUACAUUUUUGGAGCGUCUCAUGAGAACAAGCAAUUCAUCUGACAGUGAAUUACCCGAUAAUACAUUGAAAACGAUUGCUGUUAAUAUAAUAUCUUGUUUUUGCGCUAUUGAUGAACUUUUAUCAAAACGGCAAAUUCACGCACGAAUACCAACUUUAUCAACUUUGUUAUCUCCAGAAGAGAACGAAGAAUUAACAAAAGAUAUUUUGAAGAUAUUUAUUAGAUUAUCUUCUGCAAAUCAAGCCAUAGAUCAUCUUAUUGACAAAAAUGUUAUUUCAAGGAUAAUACUAUGUAUAACUGCUACAACGAAUGAUGAAGUAAGAUAUUUAGCGUUACAAGCUGUCUCUUACCUCACAAAUAGUCUAAUAACAUUGACUUCUACUGGUCAAUUUGUAUCAGAUGUAGUAUCUCUUCAGGAAUAUACAUUUACAAUUCUUAACAAUUUAUCUUUAACUUUCCGAACAAAUCAAGAAAAAUUCAAAUUUGAUCUUUUAGAUUUUUUUGUCAAAAUAUUUUCAUACAUGACAGAUCAGUUUUCUCAAAUUGUUUUACUUAGUAAUAAAACAAAAUUAGAUGAGUGGACACAAAAUAUCAGAUUCGGAUUAAAAGAAAUAUUAAGUAGCAAACUUGACAAUGAGCAACGUGAUAAAGCUCUUACACUUGUUAUGUUGUUGCUUAAUCACAUUGGUUUAAAGUGGUUAUUUUCUCCGACUACUGAUUUAUCUUUAAAGCAAAUUUCAAAGUCUUCCGAAAAAAAUGUCAAUGAUGAAUUUAAAUUUGCUAGUUUAGUAGUUCAAUUAUCUUGCGUUGAAAUUCGUCUUAUGCUAGAUGAAUUAGCUGAGCAACAUGAAAAACAAGAAUUUCAACUUGAUAAGCGACAUGAAGUUAUGUUACCUACCUGUUAUACUAUUCUGGAAAGAUCAAUUGAAUACCUAUCAGAAAUUGAAAAUUUAUUGGAAUCUCAAGAAACUUCUAUUGAAUUAGCUGGGGUAAAUCUAGAUCCAGAAUUAUUGUUACGGUUAAAAGGAACAAUGACUGAAACAUUCCGUUAUAUUAUUGAAUAUUUAGUGAACGUAAAGGAAACUACUCCAAUUGAAAAAAUUAUUAGGGAUGAGAGCGUUUUAGCUAGUAUUCGUGUUCUUUCAGCUUGGUUUGCCGAAGAAAGUUCACUAGAAAAAGAAAUCUCUCAAGCGAUUCCAUUUUUAAUUGAAAUAUGUCAAUAUUGUUUGAAAGAUAAUAUAGAGGUUGAUCUUGUUAAAAUCGUGAUACCAGCCUUUUUAAAUCUUACACCACUUGAUCAACCACGUGAGGCUUUUAUUGCGCAUGGGGGAACUCAAAUAAUAAUAAAUUGUCUUAUGAAAUCCUGGUCAAAUAAAGAAGAUUAUAAUAAUAUUUCUGAUUCAGAAGUCAGCGACAUACUUGGUCCUUUACAAAUAUUGCUUAACAUUGUUGUAUCUGAGAGGGAAAAAUUUAUUGUAAGAAAUGAGGAAGAAAUUUGGAAAAUCGUAAAAAUAGGAUUACAAAUUUCACAGAUUCUUGGACCAAAAUUAAAAUCCUACGAAUAUAAAUCAAACGAAAAUCAGAUAAUUCUUCUAGGAAAUACCCUUUUAUUUUGUCUUUUUGUUGUAACGAAUACUUCACCAUCAUCAAAUAUGUUUGAUAAAAAUGUUAUUAAAAAGAUUUUUCAUAUAGCAAAAUUAUUUUAUGAUGAUCAAAAUAUCAUAUCACAAAGAGACGUAUGGAAACAAGUUGAAGAAGUAGUAUUAUUAGGAAAACAAGUUUUGGAUAAUAAUUAUAUUACAAUAUAACAAUAUAAUCAUAAUAUUCUGUAUGUUGUAAUAUAAUUUGAAUAGUUUUCUGAUCAAAUUUGGAUAAACAUUUUAAUCAUAGGAAUCAUUGUAUAAAUUUAAAUA